UUUACUCAGUUUGCUAUUGGCAUGUGACAGAAUUUGCAGCAACGUGAAACUUCCAAUAGUCUCCUGUGAGUGUCGGCUGGUGACAGGGGCAGAGGUCAGCAGUUGGGGCUCUGACGGCCCAAAGCAGCUGCUGGUUGGUAACGUGUUGUGGACGAGGGAGGUGGCUGUGUGGGGCUUGCGGUCGAGUAAGUUUUCAGUUUGUGUCAAAACUGCCUUAACGCUCUCGCUGAAGUGAUUGCAUCUGGCAUUCUGCGACCAUGCCCUGUAGCAUAACUGUUACCAUCUUUGGGAUAUAUUUGUGCUCGCUGUCAGUGUGAGCGGUAGGAAUGAGGAAGAGUAAAGCAUGCCGGAUUCCGUGCUUUCUGUGGCUGCCAAAUGUGUGAGAUACGAUGUGUAAUAACCCGUUUCGCUCUGAAUGGGAAUCAGAAAGCAACACUCCUCUCGGACUAAUGAUAGCCACUUCUAAAGAGAUCGCGUUUAAGUGGGUUGGAAGGCAUUGUUCCCGUUGGAUCGAAGUAAACUGAGGGACGGCUGAAACAGGAGCGUUUGCUGAAAGGAUGUCCAGUGCUGGAAGGGCUGCCUGCAGCCCCAGCUUGAUCUGCCGAAACUGGAAUUGGGAAAGGCCGGUGGGAAUUGACUGCAGCUCCCCCGAGCCUCGCUGUAUCUGGCUGGCUUCACUGAGGAAUGUGACCUCGGAGGCUAACCCCAGGAACGAGAGAGACAGUGAUUUGUCAGCUGUCAAAAGAAAGCACAGUCUUCCUGAAUGGGCAGACGAGGAGUUUCUGACUAAAAGCCAAAAAGAUGAGAGAUCCCCAAAUCAAAAUGCUAACGAGGUGCAGGAUGAAGUGUUCUCUUGGCCGGGUCCAAAGACCGUCUUACUGCAGAAGAACACGCAGGGUUUUGGGUUCACGCUGAGGCAUUUCAUCGUUUACCCGCCUGAAUCGGCUGUGCAUUCCAACCUGAAGGACGAGGAAAAUGGAAAUGGAAGAGGCCAGGAAAAGGGCAAAGUGGAGCCCAUGGAUACCAUCUUUGUUAAAAGUGUGAAGGAAGGUGGACCGGCACAUCAAGCUGGACUGUGUACAGGGGAUCGCAUUGUGAAAGUGAAUGGAGAGAGUAUAAUUGGCAAAACGUAUUCUCAAGUAAUAGCCCUAAUUCAAAACAGUAGCAAAAUAUUGGAGCUUUCAGUUAUGCCAAAAGAUGAAGACAUUUUGCAGGUGGCGUACUCUCAGGAUGCUUAUCUGAAGGGCAAUGAUCCGUAUUCUGGUAGUGCUUGCCAUAUUCCCGAGCCACCUCCUGUUUGCUACCCUCGACAGAUCUUCACACACUCAGCAAUGACCCAGACCAAGCAGCCUUUACUAAAUGAAUCUUCGCAGGGAAGGCAGAUCGACAACAGGAUUUACAACACUGGUUCUGACCGAGGAUUCUAUUCUGACCCCUCAUCGCCACUGGAAAGUGCUCCCACCACCAGCCCCCCUGCCAGCGUGUGGGGCGAGGGAAGGACUAGAACACGGUCAGCAGAUAUUCUGGCUGAGGUUGGGGUAAGUCAUUCAGGCCCCGUGCACCAUUCAGAGGAGAUACCGUAUGGAACUAAACCACAGAGGUCAGUCCCGGUCAGAGGAAGGUCUGUUUCUUCCACUUCAAACAUCACACCAGGUAGUUCUGUUAUGCAGAAUCCGAUAAGCAGCAAUUAUAUUUCAGUCACCUCUGCUAUGCAAGAGAGGUAUGGGAGACCUUCUAAAAAUGUAUCCACAGUUACAAACCACGGUGUUUACAUGGGUCCAAAGAGCAACAAGGAUCCAAGGAAUUGCAUAAGUUCCAAAGACACAAGGGCAAAUGAUCAUUUUCAUUCUGAUAGGAUUAAAGUAACAUGGGAACAUCUUGCACCCUCCAAAGCAAUAGGUAAACGAGCAGGAGAUUAUCAAUACAACCCUCCCAGUUGGCGCUCUGCCCAGUUACCUCGUCGCAGUUCAUCCCAGGACCGCAGUUACAGUGAUUUGGCCCCCAAAUAUAAGAGUUAUUCUCAGGACCGGCUUGAAGAGACUUCUCUACACAAACACUGGCCUCAUAGUGCUUCCCAGGAUACAUUACUUUCACCUGUGGGUGACUCGUGGAGUUAUAGAACACACUCAGAAGACUAUUUGGAACAAUGUGGUCGAUCUAUGGAGAGCUUAACAGCGAACACUUCUGGGGGUGGAUGGAUAUGGCCAAAUUCAAGGUCUGGAGGAACAAGUGAAGGAGUUCACAGGUCUGGUGUAUCAGAACAGAUGCUUAGGCAACAGUACCGACAAGCUGGAGAUCCACUGCUGCGCGGUCAGAAGCAGUCCCACACAUCCCUACAGAACUCUAAUGACUUGAACGCACCCUGCAAAAAUGCUAACUCUAGGAUGUUUAGUCCUCCCCAACAGCACUACAAGAAUGACGCUGUGCCUGCUCACUCUGUAAAGCGGGCACAUAUUGCACCUGCAGGUCAACUCUCUGUCAGUGUUAAUCAAGGUAAAAUAUAUGUGGCAAACAGGACAGCAUCUGGUUUUGUGCCAGCAGCCACAGUCGCCAGAGCUGAUAAGUGUUCACCUGCUCAAGUCCAGCGAAUCGACGUCCCUGCUGUUCAAGACCAAAGACUGACCAAUCACGAUCGGCAGGGCAUCUUGUACCUAAAGCAGGUGGACAAGACUUCUGGUCGGGCCACGCACCAUCAGGACACCAGACAGUUUGCUGUCACAAAGACGGCUGCUGGGGUUUCUGAAAUCACGGAAUGUGCCAGUGAAAUUUCUCCGGGGUUUUCACACAAGGAACAGGAACAAACGCACACAAAUGAAGCUGUCAUUUUAAGGCAAAAGCCACCGACUGGGCGUAGAGUGCCACAACCUCUAAGACACCCAUCAUACAUGAUAGCUGUGGAUUUGCCUGAACCUCUGCUGUCUGCCGACUCUCCUGGCCAGAGUCCUGUGGAGCAGACAAAGAUGAAGGCAACGGACCUAAAGUCAUCAGAGGACUCAUUGGCUUCAAUUCCGUAUAUAGACGAGCCAACAAGCCCAAGUAUUGACCUGGUGGCAGAUCACGUCCCAGCCUCCGCUGUUGUUUCCAGUGGACAUAACUCAGCACCACGUAUCAUCACCAGCCCUGCGUCUCCAACCUUCGCAUUCCCUCUCCCACGGCACUACUCACAGGACUGCAGCAACAUUAAAGCUAGCCGACGCUCCUCUUACCUUCUAGCUAUAACGACCGAGAGAUCAAAGUCAUGUGAUGAAGGAUUAAAUUCAUAUCGGGAAGAGCGAAAGGUCUACUCGAAGCUGCCAAAACGAGUUCCGAGCCUUAAGAUUCUGAAGAGUUUUUUCACAGACGGGUCCCUAGAUAGCUUGGACACCUCUGAAGACACGAGAACUAAGCGACAUUCCACUUCCGACCUCUGUGACGUGACUUUCAGUGAUGUCAGGAAAGAAGGAUGGUUGCAUUUUCGGCAACUCGUCGCAGAGAAGGGAAAGAGGAUUGUGAGCAGCAUUCGUCCUUGGAAACGGGUUUAUGCCCUCCUGCGAUCACAUUCCUUGUACCUGUACAAAGAUAAAAGGGAUGCCGUGUCUGCCUCUUCCUCACAAGCUGAUGACGAACAGCCCAUUUGUAUCAAGGCCUGUUUGAUUGAUAUUUCAUACAGUGAGACUAAAAGGAAGAACGUUUUUCGUCUGACUACAUCGGACUUUUGUGACUAUCUGUUCCAAGCUGAGGAUAGGGACGACAUGCUGAACUGGAUUAAAAUUAUCCAAGAAAAUAGUAAAACCGAGGGAGAAGACACAAGUACAAAAUUGAUAGAAGUCAAAUUGAAGGAGUACAGAAACCAGAGCCCUGCAAAUAACAAGUCAGACUCCUCUCCAAAAGGACCCCGCCAUCAUGUUAUCCGAAGGCCACGAUCACCCAGGCAAGAUACCAACCUCAAAGAUGAAAGCAGCCCACCAAAGGACAAAACUUCCUGGUUGAAUAUAAUAAAGAAGGCUAAGAAACCUGUUCUGGGAGCAGCAUUUGGUGUUCGACUGGAGGACUGUCAGCAUGGUGUUAAUAACAAGUUUAUUCCGUUAAUAGUGGAGAUUUGUUGUAAGUUGGUGGAGGAGAAGGGUCUGGAGUACACAGGGAUUUAUAGGGUGCCAGGGAACAAUGCCAUGGUCUCCAGUCUACAGGAGCAACUUAAUAAGGGAACGACUGAUCUAAAUACCUCAGAAGAAAAGUGGCAGGAUCUGAAUGUGAUAAGUAGUUUGCUUAAAUUGUUCUUCCGAAAACUUCCCGAGCCUCUCUUCACAGAUGAUAAAUAUGGUGACUUUAUUGAAGCCAAUAGACUGGAGGAUUCAGCAGAAAGACUUCAAACAUUUAAGAAAUUGCUUCGUAACCUACCAGAACAUUAUUAUGAAACCCUGAAGUUCCUCACAGGACACCUGAAGACUGUUGCGGAUCACUCAGAAAAAAAUAAGAUGGAACCUCGUAAUUUAGCUUUGGUGUUUGGCCCCACUCUUGUCAGAACAUCAGAAGACAACAUGAUUGACAUGGUGACGCACAUGCAAGAUCGGUACAAGAUAAUCGAAACCUUAAUCCAGCAUUACGAGUGGUUUUUCAGUGAAGAUCAGGACAAGGAUGAAGAGGCUCCAGUUGACCCUAUAGGUAACACUGACUUACAGCCAGUCCCAAACAUAGACCAUCUGUUGUCAAACAUUGGGAGAACAGGAGGAGCACCGGGAGAUAUCUCAGAUUCAACCACUAGUGACUCAGCAAAGUCCAAGGGAUCCUGGGGAUCCAGGAAGGAUCUGUACAGCAGGGAACUUCUGGUGAUAUCAAUCUUUGCAUCGGUCAAUCGUAAGAGAAAAAAGCAAAAAGAGGCGAAGGUGCCUGAAAGCAGCACCGAUGACGAUUCAGAGCAUGAACCUAUUAAGGCUAUUAACAAAGAGGGAUCAGCGAACAGAAAGGAAGCAGACAGACAGAAGGAGAUGGAAGGGCGUAAAGAGAAGGAGGCAGCGAGCAGCAGAAGUGUGGUGUUGGAGCAAUUUCACCAGUCCAUUGCUGAUAAGGAAGAUCAUAAACUAGUGGGGGAAACCGGUCAUUCCAAGCAGCCGUGCAGGCGGGUAUGUCGGGGGGAGGCUGGCGACGUAGCUAAUCAGAACUCGUUGUCCAGUUCACUUCUCAGUCCGUCCUCAGCUGGUCCUGAGGGAUUGUUCAAAGACGGCGCCUCCCCCAAAUCGCUCAACUCAGACCCAAGUAACGGUUCAGGGGACAAACUAGCCGUUACCUCUCCUCCGUCUCAGAGCGCCAGUGACUCGCACUCUAAAAGAAACCGAUUCCGGCUGUGGAGAAGCGCCGAAGUGGAACACAGGGAGAGCCUUCCAACCGACGCCAGCUCCAUUGUGUCGGGAUAUUCCACCAUCUCGUCCACUGUGACCACCCUGGACCACACGUUGAGUUCCGAGGUGCAGUCGAUCGCGGAGAGCCGAGGCGACGAGGCAGACGACGAAAGAAGUGAGCUGGUCAGUGACGGCGGCCACAUCGAAACCGACAAUGAAAGUGGCUACCAGACCCGGCCACUGCCCAGCAAGGCUUCCCGCUGCUCGCAGCAGCCAAAGGGGAGACCUGGUCGCCGCGAGUCAGACAGCAACGCGAGCUCCGACAAAGAAGGGAGCGUAACCCAAAAGCUAAGUUGUCGACCGACGUUCAAUUCCCACAGGUUAAUUCAGUGUGACACUUUGGCCAGAAAAAAAUUGUCCAAGCCAAAAGGAGACUGGGACUCUAAACUGAAACUUAAAGAAGAGAAAGAGCCCCCAAAAGCUUCGCUAAUGUUAGAGAACGCAAAUAAUCCCACAUCUACCACCAGCCGUGACCUUCACAAAAACGAGAAUGACAAGGAAGAUUCAACUCAAACGUCCAAACGAACGCUGGCUGAUCACGUAAAACUGCGUCUUAAAACCUCGGCGGAUGAUAUGUUUGGAGUGGGGCUGAGGAAGCAGAGCUCACCAGAGACGCGCAGGAAGAAGAACAUUCGAAGGAGACACACUGUGGUCGUGCAGAACGAUUUGCCCGAAUUAAACUUCAGAGAAUGGAAGGAGAAGCAGCCAGAAAGCAAGAACAGUGGAGGCAAGACACCUGCUGUCGACCAGUUUAGGCAUCGGGUUGAAUCUUCGAUCAGUGGUAGAAUUGCACAGCCAGUCACAGGCACCGAAACAUGUACAACAGACCUGUCCCAUGUUUCACAACCACACACUGGGGGGCCUCACCAGAGCGGCAAAGCAAUGGCUGGCAGUGUGAGUGCAAGUAUCACUAACAGCUCGGGACGGAGGUCAGCUUCCUCCUCCUCCUCCUCCUCCUCCUCGGGUCUCUCUGCGGCACCACCUUCAGGCCCAGGCAAAGACCGAGACCCUGACUCCAAUUCAACCAAAUCUCCAACGGACACAAAGGCACCUAAACACACAGCCUCCUCCCGAUUCCAUCAGUACCUAUGAUGGAAUCUGCAGGUAACUGGCUAAAGUACUCAGGAGCUAAGUCAGUCUGUGGCUUUGUUUCUCUAUCCUCUCCCCUCCCCUCCCCUACGCCCCGGUUCCAACUCGCUAUGGGUUACCGAAUCCGAGUUCUUUUAAAAGGGAAAAAAAAUAGUUUUAUAUUGUUCGUCAGAAAUUAACAAUAUAAUGCGAUCUACCAGAACUCUUUAAGAAGGGGAUUAAGUACGUCUAUUUCCCAUUCGUCUGGGGCUGUUUGCUAUUUGUACAGGAAAAAAAUCUGCACUGAAUUUCUCAAUGUUUUAAAGAGAUUUCACUCAUUUUUCCAUGAAGGGGAACACAGUGUAAAGAAGAGAAAAAGAAUGCAACUACUUUUUCCUUUGGUACGAAUAGCACCAUCUUCCUGACAGCUGCCAAUAAUGGGCGACAAACUCUUGAGAGUGUGGGCGGGAGGGGGGGCCCUCUCCGCACCCCAAAAAUGACCGAUAAAGUACUUUGUCUUUAGUAAACCUCCACUUGCUUUCACUGGAGGAACACAGCGCUUGAGUUUAUAUUGUGUAAUAAUCAAAAUGACCAGGCAAUGGCUAAAGUGCUGAGGCUGAUGUCACUGGGAGUCCUGAAAUCGCUGAAGCUAUUGGUAUAAAAAGUCCUUUGGGGUUUUUAAAAAUAAGUAAAUCCUUCGAAUAGUCAUCAAUUUACACAGAAAUCUGACACAGUACAGCUGGGAGGUCACUGCUGCGGAUCAGCUGCUGUGUUGGUCUGUACAACAACAUUCACUUCACUUCCAAUCAACUUUUCUUUUGUAAAGUGCUUUGAGACGUAUAUUUUUUAUGGGAAAAGGGGACGCUGUAUAAUAAGUGCAACUUGAUAUUAUAUUACCCAGCAGCAAAAAAAGAAUAGCUGGAGGGUUUAUUAGCAAAUACUGGAUUAAAAAUAUAACACAAACAUACUGUUUGCACCUGUAGUUGUGUUUGCCAGCAACGUCAGGGUCUGGGAUAAGCUGAUUGGUAUAAAUAGCCACGUUUAGGCCUUCUAAUGGGAAAUCCUGAUCGGAAUAUAAUGGAACAUUUGGAUUUGGUACCCAUCACUACCAGCCGUUCUGUGGCAAAGACGUCUGCAAAUCUUCAGUCAUCUAUUGUUUCAUUGAAUUAUCCUCUUUUUGUUUGUUUCACCUACAUCUACAGCAAUUAAUCAUUCCCCGAGGCUUGUGUGAGCACUCUCCCUCGCAGUCAGAGAAAUGGCAUUUUAAUACAAGCAGAAUAUUACAUUUUUAAAAAAAAUUCCGAAUGCUUUCAUUUUUCUACUCUUCCCCACUCCGAGUCUCAGAGCUGAGGGGCGUCGGAGCUCAACAUAAUUGCUCUCUGACUAGGUACAGGGAGCCAUGCUUUAGUAAAUGAUUUGGCAAGCAAUUAACAGCGUUUAGCCCACAAAAUGCA